ACCCCUUGUGAUGACAGCAUUUGUGAUUUAAAAAUGUUGAAAUCUUAAAAUUAUUAUCAUUAUUAUUAUUAUUAUUAUUAUUGAGUCCUUAAAAUUACCUUUAAACAAAAUGGUGUGGCCAAUAUUGUUAGAAGUGUCAAACUUCCUCUUUCAGAAGGGAAGCUGAAGGCCCAUCAGCCACUUCCUCUUCUUCUCUCUGCUGUCAUGUCUUGUCGAACAGACUUAAAUCUAUUUGCUCCCAAUUGUCAAAAAGGCUGUUCCAGAAGCUGCCUGGUCUGAAAUGUGAACCCUUAAGAGAACCGCAUAAUUCAAAUUAAACUUACAACUCUUAUAAUUAAUAAAAUUCCUUUUUUUUUCUUUUUUUUAUAAUUAAAGUCCCUUAAUUCCUAAAUUCUCAUCUGGGUAACAACACAACAGCAGUUCCUCAUCCUAUUAAUGAGCUUAGUUCUUUUUGCCAGCAGCAGCAGAUCCGUCAUUUGCAAAAUGCAGAAAACUGCAUGUAAACUACUCUUCUUAAUAUAGAGUGCAGUGUAUAAUAAAAUAGUAAAGAGUUCUUUGUCUUUUCUCUUUUACUAGAAACUAAAAUUACUGUAGAUUUCUGUUAUGUGCCUGUUCAAAUCAACAUUUCUAUUUAACUUGGUCACCCAAUGUCAUUCUUAUUAAACACAUUUCACAAAAAUUAUCUUUUAUCUUUAUCUUAAAUUAUUUUUAUCUUUAAAUCUCCCAGGGAUAUUUAGUACAAAUUUCAGACAUCUUUAAUUAACAUAAUAUUGUAUUUUAUAAAUUAUAAUAAUAUAAACUAUAAUAAUUUGAUGGCAUUCGCUUAACAUUGUACUUUGUAUUCAUUUAUCUAUUUAACUCUUGAAACUCCCGCAUUUCAUUUAAAACAUAGAUUUUAACCUAUAAGAGCAAAGACAUAAAUCAAAUCUCAUAAAAAUCUAAUCAGCCAAAUUAUCGAAAUGUUGCACAUAUCUUAGUUGGUAUCUGACUCAUGAUUCACCAUGAAUUUGAUAUACAAUGCUUUUAAGAUCGGCAGCGCCCUCAAUCUAACAGAGCAGAGACAGAACAGAGCAGGAAUAAAUUUGUUUCAGAACUUCACUGGAUCAAAGUGAACUUGACCUGCAAUAAUUUGCUUAUGACUCUGUUCUGUCCAUCCUGCCCAAAUUGAUUUAUAGAAGCAAUUUUAAAAAUUGUAAUCUAUCAGUUUAUGUUUUAGUGCCUUGCAAGGACUUCACAAUACCAGUUCUCUUAAAUCAUUGGAAAUUCAUUCAAUCGUGGACCAAAAACACCCUAAGGAUUUAAAUAGAAUUAUUAAAUUCUCAUCAGGCAGGUAAUGUUUACUUAAAAGUAAUUUCUUACUUACCAGAGAAAUCCAGAAUGAAGCUGUUACAUUACUUCAUGUACCAUCAUUUUCAGUUCAUUAAUGGUUGAAAAAAUAAUCAUAAUUUUCUAUCCAAUCUAUCCAAUCUGGGAUUUCACAACAUGCAAACUCCAUCAUGUCUCCAUAAGUGUUUCUAUUUUAAACUAUGCACAAAAGUAAGUUAAUAAACAUAAUAAACAAAUGUUUUAAUUAAUAUGUAAAAAAAAAAAGAAAAAAAAAAAGUUUUUGUGAGGGUUAUGUUUAGGGGUAGAGGAUAGGAAAUAUUUGCUCAGUAUAAAAAUAAAGUCAAUGGAAAGACUCAAUGAAGAUACACUAACAAAUAUAUGUUUGUUUGUUCAAGUAGAUAUUAUUCAUAUUAUUCUCUCAUAGGAUUAUGAAAAAAAGAAACGCCCACAAUUUUUCAUGAGAACACGGAAGUAAAGAGAUCAGUGCUUUUGUUGAGUAAGGUGCCGAGUCAGAGGAUAAAGAACCAUUUACAAAUAUUGUCACUAUUCAAGUCCAUGAAGGAAGAUGGCAACUGUUUUAGAGCUGCUUCAAGAUAUUCUAGAAGACCUGGAACAAGACAAUUUAAAGAAAUUUAGGAGUCGCUUAAAACAAGAUGGACCCAUUGGAGCUGGUAAACUGGAGAAUGCUGAUGCCACUGACAUAGUGGAUAUAAUGAUGGAGCGUUUUGGAGCUGAAGAAGCUGUGAAGAUCACAUUGAACAUUCUGAGAAAGAUGAACCAGAACCAGCUGGCUGAAGAGUUACAGAACAAGUACACUGAAGUGCAAAAAUCAUUAGAAGCAGCUGAGAAACACACAAGAAAACAAGCAGAUGAUUUCUGGCUGCAGGAAUUCUUGAAAGCUCUCAAAAUGAACAUGAAGGAGAAAGUAGAACACAUUUUUGAGUGUAAAAAGGAAAAUGAAGCUCAUCUCAAGGAUGUUUUCACUGAACUCUUGAUUACGGAGGGGGAUCUUAAAGAAGUCAAUCAAGAACACGAGAUUCUGCAGAUUGAUAAAGCCUUUAAACCUUGUAAAUCACAGAACAGGCCAAUCAAAUGCAAUGAUGUAUUUAGUCUGAAGAAAAAUAAGAAAAAGAUUGUCCUCACCAAAGGUAUCGCUGGCAUUGGAAAAACUGUCUCAGUGCACAAGUUCAUUCUGGAUUGGGCAGAAGGAAAAGCCAAUCAGGACAUAGACUGUGUUUUCCUGCUUCCAUUCCGAAAGAUUAACUGCAUUAAAGACAGAGAGAUCAGUCUGCAUGAGUUUCUACAGAGAUUUAAUCCUGAACUGAAGGACCUGGAAACAUCAAAGAUAUGUAAGAUAUUUAGUUGUAAGCUUGCAUUUAUCUUUGAUGGACUGGAUGAGAGUCGACUGACUUUGGAUUUUGACAGUGGAAUGGUGACAGGUGUUGAGGAGCGAUCAUCUGUAGAUGAACUGUUUACAAGUCUGGUGAAUGGGACUCUGCUUCCAUCAGCUCUCGUCUGGGUGACAUCACGACCAGCAGCAGCCAAUCAGAUCCCUCCUGAGUAUGUAGGGUUGUUCACAGAGGUGCGAGGAUUCACUGAUCAGCAGAAGGAGGAGUAUUUCAGAAAAAGAAUCAAAGAUGAGACUCAGGCCUCCAGAAUGAUCUCACACAUUAAGAAAUCUCGUAGUCUGUACAUCAUGUGUUACAUUCCCGUGUUCUGUUGGAUCACAGCCACUGUUCUUCAGGACAUUCCCAUUGAGAACAAUGCAGAGAACAUCAAUACGACACUCACUGAAAUGUACAUCCACUUCCUGCUGAUACAGAUGAACAUGAAGAGCCAGAAGUGUGACAGAAAAACAGAAAGAGAACGUGCCAAGCUCUUAGAUUCUAAUAAAACAAUGAUUUUGAAGUUAGCGAAGCUAGCGUUUGAACAACUGAAGAAGGAAAACAUUGUGUUCUAUGAGGAAGAUCUGAAAGCAUGUGGUAUUGAUGUGAGCGAAGACUUUGAGUCCACAGGAAUGCUGACUGAGAUCUUUCAGCAAGAAGCUGGACUCCAUGAGAUGAAGGUCUUCUGCUUUGUGCAUCUGAGUGUUCAAGAGUUCCUCGCUGCAGUGCAUGUGUUCCUCUGCUACCUGAACAAAAACAUGGAUGAGCUGCAGUUUUUCACUGAUGAGAUACAAAACGAGGUCAAGCAUGACCACAUUGACAAGCCAGACAAAAAUAUUGCUUUACAUGAUUUACUAAAGAAGGCUGUUGAGAAAGCAAUGCAAAGUCAGAAAGGACAUUUAGAUUUAUUUUUAAGGUUUCUGCUGGGCAUUUCUCUGGAAUCCAAUCAAAAACUGCUCAGAGGCCUGUUCUCUCACACUGAAGACAGCAAAGACAGUGUCACAGAAAUAACUAUAGACAUUACAGAACAAUUACAAAACCAGCGCAUCUCACCUGAAACUUCAGUCAACCUGUUCUACUGCUUACAGGAGCUCAAUGACAAUUCAUUAUAUACUGUAAUCCAAAGAUACAUUAGAUCAUCCCCAGAAAGGCUUCUCUCAUCUUCCAUGUGCUCAUUGAUGGCUCAUGUACUGAUAAUGUCAGAGGAGGUGCUGGAUGAGCUCAACCUGAUGAUAUACUAUACUAAUUCCGGAGACUACAGGAAUCUCCUGCCAGCUGUGAGAUGCUGCAGGAAAGCAAAACUCACCUCAUGUUCUCUCGAGCACACCAGCUGUGAAACUGUGGCUUUGGCCCUGCAGAUACCAAACUCACCACUGAUAGAGCUGGACAUGAGUGACAAUUACCUGCAUGAUUCAGGAGUGAUGCUGCUCUGUGAUGGACUGAAGAGCCCAAACUGUCAGCUAAAGAAAUUGAGAUUGGCAAGCUGUUUUCUCACUGGUCAGUGCUGUGAAAUUGUGGCAUUAGUUCUACAAUCAUCAAACUCCUGUCUGAUAGAGCUGGACAUGAGUCUCAAUAAGCUGCAAGAUUCAGGAGUGAAGCUGCUCUCUGAUGGACUAAAGAGCCCAAACUGUCAGCUGAAGAUCCUGAGAUUAUCAGAGUGUAAUCUCACUGGCCAGUGCUGUGAAAUUGUGGCAUCAGUUCUACAAUCAUCAAACUCCCGUCUGAUAGAGCUGGACAUGGGUCACAAUGACCUGCAUGAUUCAGGAGUGAAGCUGCUCUCUGAUGGACUGAAGAGCCCAAACUGUCAGCUGGAGAUACUUAGGUUAUGGUGGUGUAAGGUGACAGAUGAAGGCUGUGGUUAUCUGGCUUCAGCUCUGCGUUCAAACCCCUCACACCUGAGAGAGCUGAAUCUGAGCUUAAAUAAUCUGGGUGAAUCAGGAGUCAAGAUGCUCUCUGAUCUACUGAAUUAUCCAAACUGUACACUGAACAAACUUGAAUUGACACACUGUAAACUCACUGGUCAGUGCUGUGAAAUCGUGGCAUCAGUACUAGAAUCAGCAAACUCCUGUCUGAUAGAGAUGGACUUGAGUCACAAUUACCUGCAGGAUUCAGGAGUUAAGCUGCUCUCUGAUGGACUGAAGAGCCCUAACUGUCAGCUGAAGAUACUGAGAUUAUGUUUCUGUAAGGUGACAGAUGAAGGCUGUGGUUAUCUGGCUUCAGCUCUGCAUUCAAACCCCUCACACCUGAGAGAGCUGGAUCUGAGAGGCAAUCACCUGGGAGAAUCAGGAGCCAAGAAGCUCUAUGAUCUACUGAAUGAUCCAAACUGCACAUUGAACAAAUUGGAUACAAAGCAGUAAGACCCAUCUCAUCCUGUGAAUGUUUGUAUUUCAGCCUUACAAUCUUCAAUUGUACAGUGGAGUGAAAUGUUGAAAGGGUCUGUAGUAGAGCUGCAUGGAGGAAAAAGAUUGCUUAUUUACUUUGUUAUAUCAAUGUUUAUGAGUAGGCCUUCUUAAAAAGAUAGUUCACCCAAAAA